AACAAGCACUAUAGAAGACCAUGAAGAACAACAGGAGAGUGGUGAGAAGACAGUCAGCCACCUGACCGUGAACUUGAGACUCAUCAGAGCAAGCAGAGUUAAACAUGGAUCCCAGCUACACAAGUGAGAAAUCAAGGAUGGCUGAAAAUCCUACAGCGUACCAGGCUAAUAUGGGGUAUCCUCCAGCCCAAGGGGUCGCCCCUGCUCACGUUGGAUACCCUCCAGCCCCGGGGUACGGAGCCUCACCUUAUGGAGCUCCGCCGUACCCAGGUCAGUCCACUGUCACUGUCCAGCCCACCCUUUAUGUGACCCCAGCGACUCACAUGAACCCCGUCCCUGAUUACCUUUGUUACUCCAUCUUCACCAUGCUGUGCUGCUGCCUUCCCCUGGGCAUCGCUGCUCUCGUCUACUCCAUCACCACUCGAGAUGCCGUCAUGGCUGGCAACAGAGAGCUGGCGGAGAGCAACUCUCGCAUGUCACGAAUCCUGAACCACAUGGCUCUGGCGAUCGGGCUCGUUGUCAUCAUCAUCGCCAUCAUCAUCAUCAUCGUUUCAGUUACAAGUGUGUCGUCAAUGUCCCCGUACAAUUAGAACUGAAACACGAGAGAGCUUUACUCAGACACUAUUAUUCACUCCAAGAUUAUUAUUAUUAUUUUAUAAUGAAUAUUGAUUAAUUUUGUAUGUACAGCAUCAGUCUAAAUUUUUGUUUGCUUUUAUUUGAAAUAAUCAUGAACAUCUAAAUAAAAGGUGACAGCAGAGCUGUGUGGAGAUACAUGAAGAGUUCAUUGCACGCUUAUACUUUAUACAUUUGUAGAAUAUUCAGGCUAGAUGUUUCAUCCCAUUCCUGUAUUUGAAUAUGUACUAGGACAUUCUGUGAUUAAUAAAUAAUUAAUCAUUGUAAUUACUGUGAUCACUGUGCCUAAUAAACUGGCAACUCGGUGUGUAUUCUUUAUCGGAGUCUUUCACAUUCCUGUUCAUAGAAAGAA